GUUUAUAACAAGGACAUGCCUUGCUGUGCUGCGCCGAUCCAGGCCUGGCUGGUGGCGCCUGCACUGCUGUUAUUGGCUGUACGCCUUUUUGGAUGCUUCGUUUGCCUCAAUCCCCUAAAAAGAGCCGAAUCUCAUGGAGGCCUGGCUCUGCUUUCUUGUAUGUUUUUAACCAGCCGUUCGGACUGUCAGCUCUCCGGCUCUGCCGGAGGGGACCAAGGACAGGCUAUUCCCUGCGGGCCGCAUUCUGACGGGAGCUCCCGUUCCUGCCGGGCCAGGCCCGAAGCUGCGGGAGCGGUUAAACCCCCGCCGCAGGCACGAGCCGCUGGGGCCCGCACAGAAGACGGAGAGGGGGGAAGUGCCGAGGGCAGGCGGGCAGGGGAGGCAGGGGAGACGGGGUUCCGGCGGGGGCACGGCGAGGGACCGGCCCCGACCCGGAGCUGCCCCCGCGCCCGCCCCGCCCGUCGCGGCCGUGACGGCAGCGCCGCGCGCCGGGCGGCGGGAGUUGGCGCGAAGGCGGGAGCAUGGAGCCGGGAGCGUCCCGCUAGGCACGGCGACCGAGCCCCGGCCCCCCGCGAUAUCCGGAAAUUCUUUGGUGUUGUUCCUCCUGGAAAGCGACAACAAUGUGAGACUGUGACAAAGAGUGAAAAAAUUAAAAAUGGUGAAGGACCCUCAAGUGGGAAGAAAAGGGAAAAGGAGACUAAGGUGAACAGUUCACCCAGUGAAGAUGAUUCCAAACAAAAGCGUACGAAAAAGAAGAGGAGAGUAAUCUAUGAUUCAGAUUCAGAAGAGGAGGUGCAGUCAGUGAAAAAAUCCAAGAAGACACCUGAGAAAAAAGCAGCUACUUCAAAACUUGGUAAAGUUCUGAAGCGGGAUCCUGUUGUUUAUAUUUCAGAGACAGAUGAAGAAGAUGACUUUGUCAAUAAAAGAAUUUCCCUGAAACCGAAGGAGAAUGGGACAUCAGUGGUCGGUUGUCCAGGAACAAAUUCCGUGAAAAAGGAAGAUGUAAAACCACAAGCUAAAAGCAAACCACUCCCUCCAGUGAAACAGACUCCCACCUCUGCACUUGAUUACUUUGGGACAAGUAAUGUCCAACGAUCAGAAAAGAAACUGGUAUCCAGUAAAAGGAAAGAGCCUUCACAAAGCAGAGACAGCACACUAGAUGAUGAGGCCAUUGCUAGGCAACUGCAGCUUGAAGAAGAUUCAGAGCUAGAGAGACAGCUGCAUGAAGACGAAGAAUUUGCUAGAACUUUGGCCAUGUUGGAUGAAACACCGCAGAAGAAAAAGGCUCGGAAAGAAACAGGAGGAGAGCAAACAGUAUUGAGCAUCAAUAGCAGUCCUAACGUGCCAGCAGGAUAUAAGCAGUCGGAAAGAGUGAAAGCAACAGAUUCAACAGGUGAAGCAAAGAAUUACACUGCGAAGCCGCAAACUAAAUCUGAACAGUGUAAAGGCUCUAAUUUAUCCCCGCAAUCACCUGAUGGUAAAACAGCAAGAGUGUCGGCAGAUAAGACCUUGCCUUUGAAACCUGCCUCUAGGCUCGUGUCUCUGAAACAAAAAGAAGAGAUUGCUGAAAAGGAAAGAGGUGCUCAAAAUUUAGUAUCAAAACAAAAAACUGCUUCAGAGAAAGAAGAGAAGACAACGCCAAAGAAGGAAAAAAUUUCUCCCAAGAAGAGUGAGUCUGUAAGUCCUGAGGACUCUGAAAAGAAGCGAAGCAAUUACCAAGCCUACCGAAGCUUCCUUAAUCGUGAGGGUCCGAAAGCACUGGGGUCCAAAGAGAUACCUCAGGGAGCUGAAAACUGUUUGGAAGGCCUGACAUUCGUAAUUACGGGGGUUCUGGAGUGUAUUGAAAGAGAUGAGGCCAAGUCUUUGAUUGAACGUUAUGGAGGAAAAGUAACUGGCAAUGUCAGCAAAAAGACAAACUACCUGGUGAUGGGGCGAGACUGUGGCCAGUCAAAAUGUGAAAAGGCAUCAGCUUUAGGUACAAAAGUUAUUGAUGAGGAUGGCCUGUUUGAUCUUAUUCGAACUAUGCCAGGCAAAAAGUCCAAAUAUGAGCUGGCGGCUGAAACAGAGACAAAGAAAGUGGAGUCAAGACCUAAAAGGACACCACCGAAAGCUGAAGCUGGAAAAAGGAAUUUUAGCCCCUUCAAAAGGGAAGCUGAUAAUAAAAAGUAUAAAUCUCCUCCUGAAAAAGAAGAUACCGUCAAAUCUGUCAAGAAAGAAACCACUGCUGUUCGAAAGCUUAUGGACUUUACACGUCAGACUGCAGAGGAGAAGAAAGCCCCAAAACCUGAGGGGAAUUUGGUUUCUGAGGUUAAUGAAGAAGGAACAGAGAGAUUGCUAUGGGUGGAUAAAUACAAGCCUGCAUCUCUUAAGGCACUUAUUGGACAGCAGGGUGAGCAAAGCUGUGCCAAUAAACUGCUCCGAUGGCUCAGAAACUGGCACAAGAAUACCUUGGAAGAUGGACAAGCAAAGACCAAUAAAGCUGGAAGCAAAGAUGAUGGGACUAGUUUUAAAGCAGCAUUACUUUCUGGUCCACCUGGAGUUGGUAAAACUACUACAGCUGCUUUGGUUUGUAAGGAACUGGGGUACAGCUACGUGGAGCUGAAUGCCAGUGACACUCGCAGUAAGAACAGUCUAAAGGAAGUAGUUGCUGAAUCGCUUAACAACACCAGCAUCAAGGAUUUCUGUUCUGGCACAUCCUCAUCAGUUAGCGGGAAACAUGUAUUGAUCAUGGAUGAAGUGGAUGGUAUGGCAGGCAAUGAAGACAGAGGAGGGAUUCAGGAGUUGAUUGGUUUGAUUCGACACACAAAGAUACCCAUCAUUUGUAUGUGCAAUGAUCGCAACCAUCCUAAAAUCCGUUCCUUGGUCCACUACUGUUUGGAUCUUCGUUUUCAGAGACCUCGUCUAGAACAGAUUAAGGGUGCCAUGAUGUCUAUUGCAUUUAAAGAAGGUUUAAAAAUUCCCCCACCUGCAAUGCAAGAGAUAAUCCUGGCAGCAAAUCAGGACAUCAGACAGGUUUUACAUAAUCUUAAUAUGUGGUGUGCAAAAGAUAAAUCAUUGACAUAUGAUGAGGCUAAGACAGAUGCCAGCAGAGCCAAAAAGGAUAUCAAAUUGGGCCCUUUUGAUGUUGUCCGGAAGGUUUUUGCUACUGGAGAGGAAGCUUCUCGUAUGUCUCUCAUAGACAAAUCAGAUCUUUUCUUCCAUGACUAUUCCCUAGCACCUCUUUUUGUGCAGGAGAACUAUGUACAUGUGAAACCAGCUGCUGCUGGAGGAAAUCUGAAAAAGCACUUGGUGCUUUUGAGUAAAGCAGCUGACAGUAUAUGUGAUGGUGAUAUAGUGGACAAACAGAUUCGUAGCAAGCAGAACUGGAAUCUUCUUCCAACACAGGCUAUUUAUGCAAGUGUUCUCCCAGGGGAGCUGAUGAGAGGUUACAUGUCCCAGUUUCCUGUCUUUCCCAGCUGGCUGGGGAAAUUUUCGUCCACAGGCAAACAUGAUCGUAUCAUUCAAGAACUGGCAAUGCACAUGAGUCUCAGAACCCAGGCAUGCAAGAGGACAGUAAAUAUGGAGUAUUUGUCGUAUUUGCGCGAUGCACUUGUCAAGCCCUUGAAAGACUUAGGAGCAGAUGGUGUACAACAAGCUAUAGCGUUUAUGGACUCUUACUGCUUGAUGAAAGAAGAUAUUGAAAAUAUCAUGGAAAUAAGCACGUGGGGAGGCCAACCCAGUUCUUUUUCAAAGCUGGAUUCCAAGGUCAAAGCAGCUUUCACACGUGCCUACAACAAAGAGGCACAUCUGACUCCAUAUUCACUUAGCUCUUUCAAGGCAUCUAAAAGGCAGUCGGGAUCUGCAGGGACAUUGGAACUGAGUGAAGACUUGAAUGUGGAAGAGACCCAGACUGAUGAGGAUGAGCAAGAUACUGUUGAAAGUGAUGCAAUGAUUAAGCAAAAAAAGGCGAAGUCUUCCAGGCUGCCAAAAAGAGAGAAAAGCGAAGAAACAACAAAAAAAGAAGGGAAAAGAAAAGAGAAAACGAGACAUUUGGAGUAAAAUCUUACUUUGGAUACAGCUUUGCUUAUCUAAUUUCUGGCAGGAACAUGAAACAGAUCCAGUGCUGCAGCUGGGAAAGUAGAACCAGGGCAUUGAAAAUGCUCCUCUUAUAGAGGUGCUGUAGCUCCUGUACUCUCAUGAUGCCCUGCUGUACUUACUCUUAAUGUGGUAAUUGUUACAAACUAUAAAUAUCCUUGUGCAACAAACACCAGGUGCAUGAACGUGCUGAAAACGUGAUGCUUAGUUACCUGGCAUUUAUGAUGAGUCUUCCUAGGACUUCACUACUUUUUUUUUUUUUUUUUUUAAUAAAUCCCCUGGCAUUACGUGGUGAAGUCUUGUAAAUAGUAUAUGAUGCAAAAAACUCCAAACAUAAAUUGCCCAUUUGUACAUUAUAGAAAUUACGCAGUAUAUAAAAUUACAAUAAAAUGUUUCACAGGACUCUUUUAAA